AUGGAAGCAAGUACAGAGGAACGAGUAGACCCUUACAGUUACCCAUAUACAAAAAAGAAUUCUCCAAUUGUGACAUCAGAGGGGCGGGGCCAAGAAAAAGACUCUCUCACCGAUCUCUAUUCUAACGUCUUUACAAACAACAUCAGCAACAACAACAACACCAACAACAACACCAACAACAACAAUGAAGUCGCACAUGCCAUUAAACCCCACGGACGUAGAAGACCAUACUACGGUGAAGACAAAGAAGAUAUGAGGACAGCUGCUUCUGACAGUUCCAGACAGUCUCUGAUCAAUGACUGGUACGACAGGAACAGAAGUAAGAACAAUAGACACGUCCUAGACAAUGUAAUGGCCAAGAAAUAUUCAUCAGAGGCCAAGAAAAUACCUAGCGUCAGAAGGAAGUAUUACGAACUGAGAGGUAAGUGGGUGACCUCCAACCUCAAGGAGGCCGUCAACAAACACCUGGACCCGAUGCUCUUCAACAAAGCUGACGUCACCGAUCUCCGGGACGCCCACAAACCUAGUGACGCCAAGAAACUCUCUAACCUGGUGCUGCUGAGAAUCGGUCAGUAUAUUACUGAGAAUUGUUGGUCAGUUUAUUACUGA